AUGGACGUCGCCAACAACCGUAGUCGCAGCAGUAGCCGCUCGCCGAGCGCAGACACAGGUCUGGUCGGAGCAGCAGUAGAGACCCCGCCUUCCGCUUGUUCAACCUCCCAGCCAACGAAGGCCACCGCAGCUCCCACCGUUCCCAGUCAGGACUGGCUUGCGGUUUGCGGAGAUCCCAUCGUCGUGCUAUCGUCGAACGACCAUAGGAUAGAGUUCACCAACGAUGCGUUCGCAAGAGAAAUAUCCUCGGGAGCAUUCCACCGGAGGUCUUUCACGCAAAACUUCGUGCACCCCGACGAUGUUCAAGCCGUUGUAUCGCUUUUGACUACCUUUCGACAGGUGACUGGAGCAGUAUCCGCGUCGCAUCCGCAGCCCGUCCGUGCUCGUUUCCAGACGCUGCGGGUGACGGAAGGCAUGCCCAAGUAUGCCACUUACGACUGGACCAUUAGCCUGCAUCCAGGGACCUCUUCCCUUGUCCUCAUUGGUCGUGCGGUCGACGGACCUGUGCGGGAUAUCUCGCGUGCUGCCGAAUUUGAGGACUUCUUUGAGAACGCACCCAUUGCCUUGCACUGGUUGAGCGCGGAAGGGAUCGUGCUCUGGGCCAAUAAGACCGAGUUGAACUUCCUUGGAUACACGAAGGAAGAAUACUUCGGUCGCCAGAUCAUGGACUUCUGUCCAGAUGAAGCGGUCGUGCUUGAAAUCUUCAAGCAGUUAGGUUCUGGGAGUGCCAUCCACGACGUCCCCGUCCGCAUACGCCACAAAGAUGGUACCAUCAAAGAUGUUCUGAUCGACAGCAACGUGAACUACCACCCUGACGGAAGUUUUCAUCAUACCCGGUGUUUCAUCCGAGACGACACGAAGCGGAAAACAGAGGAGGCCUGGCUGAGGGCUCAGAUAGACGCCGCGGAAAGCGCUGCGGCUGCCAAGGAUGAUUUUCUCCACGCGUUCGCCCACGAUAUCCGCACGCCCAUGCAAGCCCUGCUCGGCACCGUCCAGCUCCUGUCGAUGACAACUCUGGAUGAGGAGCAAGUCGAUUUCGUGGACACCAUCCUGUCGUCCGGUGACGAGCUAUGCAACAUGCUGGACAACAUCAUGGAUGCGGUCAAGUUCAAACAUGGUAUGCCCGUGAUCCAAGUCAAGUCCGAGGUCUUCGACCUGAAAGCCGAGAUCGAGAAUGUCAUCAAGCGGCUGGCGGUCCUAUUGUACGACAGGGACGUGCUCUUGUCCCUGGCGUGGCACUCUGCAAUAGCGUCGACGGUUCCGAAAUUUGUGAUGGGGGAUCCUGUGUCGUUCAAGCGGGUCCUGAUGAACCUGAUCUCCAACUCAAUGCGGUUCACUCGGAAAGGCUUCAUCACAGUUUCCGUCAAGUACGAUAGAACGGAUCCAGAGGGCAUGCCUUUCCGCUUCAGUGUGGUGGACACCGGUUCCGGUGUCUCCAAAGAAGACGCUCCCCAUGUUUUUCAGAAGUAUUGGAAGAAGGACGCGCACGCCGGACGGGGUAUCGGCGAGUUCCAAGGCCCGCUGGGAACCGGAGGAUCUGGGUUAGGACUGAACACUUGCAAGAUGCUGGUCGAGGCGAUGGGAGGGGUGAUCGGGCUGGAAACAGUGGAUGAAAGAAAAGGUGCGGGCGGCGCGGUCUUUUGGUUUAAACUACCCUUGAGGGUAGUGCCCGACCCAACGACGGGCGGGAUCAACGGCAUCCGCUCGCCGCCAUCGACGAUAGGGUCAGAACAUUCGGAAUUACAACGUCGCGCAGGGGUUCAUGGACGGAAGGAGAUCGAUAGCGUCGAGCGGUGGAUGGAAGGCGUGACCGCCACCGAUAAGACACCGGCCGACGCGUAUGCUCUAUCAGAAUGCGCGCCACCGGUCUCCAAUGACGAUUUGCACACGAUUUCCCCGGUCAACUUUCACCCCUCCCACCCCGUGCACCGAGCCUUCACGACACUGAAUCUGAAUGGAUACCCGGAGCAAGGCGCGGCGAGGAGUGCAAUAGACGCGGUGGUGCGUCAGUCCCAGGCAGCCAUCGAAAGCAUAAUGCGGAACAACACCUCGAACGUGGUGGCGCCUGACCGGAUUCUCCCGUCCGGACAUGGUUUUGACAAUCUCAACUCCCUUUCAAGGUCCUUCCUCAAUCCAUGCCCGCAGUCCGAUCUGCAGCCUCAUGCGGGAAGCGGACGAGCAGGAGCCCACGGUCACGGCCCCUACGAUGCUGCCAUUGUAAGAAGCCGAGAGUCACUGACCGCGGGGACAAUCCAGGAACCAUUCAACGGUUCUCAGCAACACCUCGACCAACUCCAGCGACCACAUCAAGGGCACCAGCAUCAACACCUGCAGCAGCAUCAACACCUGCUACACCAUCAACAUCUGCAACUCCAUCAACCGCUACCGCACCACAGCCGCAUGCCGCUGACGUCCGUGUCCAGUCGGGCUUCCGAGACCAACACCACUUCGUCCGGCAAUCGGUCCGAGCCGUCCUUCUCCGUCGUAUCCACACCUCGUGACGUUUACCAACCCUUGAACCUCCGCGUCAUCGUCGCCGAGGACAACCCGCUCUGCCAAAAAGUCGCUAGACAAAUCCUGCGCAAACUAAAUUGCACCGUGGACCUCGCAUCCGAUGGCAUCGAACUCAUCAACAUGUAUGCCUCCCGACACCCUGGCAAGGACUGGGACGUCAUUCUCUGCGAUCUCAGGAUGCCCAACAUGUCCGGGACCGACGCAUCCCGUCAUCUCAGAGAAGUUCUCGGGUGCGGAGUGCCCAUCAUCGCAGUAACCGCGGAACGUGGGGCAGCGGAACGGAGGGAGUGUUUCAAGAUCGGCAUGGUGAGUUAG